CAGGCCCUCAACUUCGCCUUCAAGGAUAAGUACAAGGAGAUCUUCCUGGGCGGUGUGGACAAGCGAGCCCAGUUCUGGCGGUACUUCGCCGGUAACCUGGCGUCCGGGGGUGCCGCCGGCGCUACCUCCCUCUGCUUCGUCUACCCGCUUGACUUCGCCCGAACCCGCCUGGGAGCAGAUGUGGGCAAAGCCAAGGCUGACCGGGAGUUCAGUGGGCUUGGUGACUGCCUGAUCAAAGUAUUCCGGUCGGAUGGCCUCAGGGGCCUGUACCAGGGCUUCAAUGUCUCUGUCCAGGGUAUCAUCAUCUACAGAGCCGCCUACUUUGGCAUCUACGACACUGCAAAGGGCAUGCUCCCAGACCCAAAGAACACCCACAUCAUUGUCAACUGGAUGAUCGCUCAGACCGUCACCGCUGUUGCUGGUUUCGUAUCAUACCCUUUUGAUACUGUCCGUCGUCGCAUGAUGAUGCAGUCUGGCCGGAAAGGAGCUGACAUAAUGUACACAGGCACCCUUGACUGCUGGCGGAAGAUUGCUCGGGAUGAGGGCUCCAAGGCGUUUUUCAAAGGUGCAUGGUCAAAUGUACUUCGAGGAAUGGGUGGUGCUUUUGUCUUAGUCCUGUAUGAUGAAAUCAAGAAGUACACAUAAGUUGCUCUCUGUUGUGAACUGCCAUGUUGUUACAUGUAGUUCACCACUGUUUAUGGACUUGUUUGAAAACCAUCUAGUUACUGAACAGUGAUGGCUGAUGUUUUUACAGGUUGGCAUGGGGCAGGAGCAACUGCCUGCCCUGUCUUUAUCAAAUUAUUCUCCCUGAUGGGACUCACCAUGGUUUCUAUUUCAGUCACUCCUGCUUAAAGAGUACAAAGAAAUAAAACUCUGAAACCA